CAGAUUUCCUCACAGGGCCCUGCUAAGAUCAUGCCAAAACUAGCAGUGGAUUUCUCCCUUCUAAUCUCCCCUAAUGCCUUAUUCAAUUAUUGUCACUGCUCUCUGACCAUGCAAUGUACCUUCAGAGUCUCAUUUCCCAACUGAGUCAGUCAGAGGAGGUUGAGUGGCCAUUAGGAUGUAGUCGAAGGCCCCAAACCCCCUUGUUCUAUGUGGAAAGACAGAACGGAAAGCAAAGAGAGCUAGAGGAACCCUCCAAGUUUAGCUGGCGACAUUCUCAUCUACUGGAUUACUGGCUGGAUGCAAACAAGGAGAAGGGAUAUGAGUGGUCCAGAAGACGGCUCUAGUUAAUUGGCAAAGAGGAUCCAGUUGGGAGGGGAGAAAGCAGGAGGGGGAGAACUGGGCCAUUUCAGUGCACUGCAGGAUGGCGUCGCCUCUGUCCUGGUUGUACAUGAUUCUGUGGGUAGAAAAUGCCCUAGGAAAACUUGAAGAUGAAGGAAAUUUCUACUCAGAAAAUGUCAGUCGGAUCCUGGACAACUUGCUAGAAGGUUAUGACAAUCGGCUACGGCCAGGAUUUGGAGGUGCUGUCACUGAAGUCCAAACAGACAUCUACGUGACGAGUUUUGGGCCUGUGUCAGAUGUGGAGAUGGAGUAUACGAUGGACGUUUUCUUCCGCCAAACUUGGACUGAUGAGAGGUUGAAGUUUGGGGGGCCAGCUGAGAUUCUGAGUUUGAAUAACUUGAUGGUCAGUAAAAUCUGGACACCUGACACUUUUUUUAGGAAUGGCAAGAAAUCAAUUGCUCACAAUAUGACAACUCCUAAUAAACUCUUCAGAAUAAUGCAGAAUGGAACCAUUCUCUACACCAUGAGGCUCACUAUCAAUGCUGACUGUCCUAUGAGGCUGGUUAAUUUCCCUAUGGAUGGGCAUGCUUGUCCACUCAAGUUUGGGAGUUAUGCUUACCCCAAAAGUGAAAUCAUAUAUACAUGGAAAAAAGGACCACUUUACUCAGUGGAAGUCCCAGAAGAAUCUUCAAGCCUACUUCAGUAUGAUCUGAUUGGACAAACAGUAUCUAGUGAAACAAUCAAAUCUAACACAGGUGAAUAUGCAAUAAUGACGGUUUAUUUCCACUUGCAAAGGAAGAUGGGCUACUUCAUGAUACAGAUAUAUACUCCUUGCAUCAUGACAGUCAUUCUUUCCCAGGUGUCUUUCUGGAUUAAUAAGGAAUCUGUGCCGGCCAGAACUGUCUUUGGGAUCACCACUGUUUUAACCAUGACCACUUUAAGCAUCAGUGCCCGGCACUCCUUGCCAAAAGUGUCUUAUGCGACCGCCAUGGAUUGGUUUAUAGCUGUUUGCUUUGCUUUCGUCUUUUCUGCUCUUAUUGAGUUUGCGGCUGUCAACUACUUCACCAAUCUUCAGACUCAGAAGGCCAAAAAGAAGGCACAGAUUGCAGCCUCAUCCCCUGUGACUAUCACAAAAGCGACUGAACCCUUGGAAGCUGAGAUUGUUUUGCAUCCUGAUUCCAAGUAUCAUCUGAAGAAAAGAAUCACCUCUCUGACCUUGCCAAUUGUUCCAUCUUUUGAGGCCAGCAAAGUCCUCGCGAGAGCUCCCAUCUUACAGUCAACACCUGCUACACCCCCACCCCUCUCUCCAGUCUUUGGAGAUACCAGUAAAAUAGACCAAUAUUCUCGGAUUCUCUUCCCAGUUGCAUUUGCAGGAUUCAACCUUGUAUAUUGGAUAGUUUAUCUUUCCAAAGACACAAUGGAAGUGAGUAGCAGUGUUGACUAGCUUGCAGCCACAAUAACCUGUAUUCUAUAGGUUCUCAUUUUCUGAAUUAAAGAAACAUCAGUAAGACCUGCAGAGAUGAUUUUCUGAAUGUGAAAUCAAAAUUGAAAAUCUGUAAUCCAUGUCUUUGAAUAAGCAUGUAUGGGCAAAAAAGCAAUAAUAUUACUCCUCAAUAUUGGAAGUUGAAGGUUGUUGAAAAAUAGGAAUUAUCUGUACAUUAGAGAAACUUCUGUAAUAGGAUAAAAUGGAUACAAGAUGAACUUGCCAGUCUUUGUCCUUCAUUGUUCAAUAUUUUAAUUGUCACUGUGAAUAGCAUUUACCACAAAACAGAUGCUGAAAUGCUGACACUUCCAAAGGUUGCCUUAAAAUAUGUUUAUUUUGGCUAGUUUUCAACAGAAUAAAAUAUAAAUAGUCUAAAUAUUUAUCAGUAGGUUAAUCCCAGCAUGUUGGAGGCCUUUAUGCUAGCAAAAUGCUUUCAGUGGCAUUGUAAAGCCUGCGUUGAGCUUAGCCAUUUGUUUUUAGCCUUGCUGUGCUAUUUUACCUCAAUAAAGUAUGGUGUUUGUGUACAUAUGAAUUAUACAUAGACAUAAAUUAUGUAGGCAUUUGUACAUAGCUUUAGUUGGACUGCAGUACAGUGUUGUUUUAUCUCAUUAAGCUUUUUUAAAACAAUAUGUUCAUCAUAAUUCCAUGACGUUGACUGUGGUUAUAUGUCGUAUUCUCCACUGUACUAAGUGUUAUUGCUAAAGAAAGCAACAAUAAACAUGGUUCUCUGGA